CCUCCAUCACCUCCCCACCCACUUCUCUCCCUCACAGCCAGAUCUAAGGACGUGCCUCAUUCAACUCCUGCUGCACAGGUUGUGAGGGAGGGAAGAAAGAGUGAGAGAGAGGGAGAGCAUUAGCAGCUGUUAGAGAAGGACAGAGGGCAGGUGGUGGAAACCAGAGUCUGUUGACUUUGAUGUUUUUCUAAGAGAGGAAGCAGGAGUCAGGGGUGUGAAGGAGUGAGGCAGGAGAGAGAAGGCAAGUUUUCAGGAGUGGGACUACCCAGCAGUGGGAGGUUCUUCCAAGGGAGGUUAUAGUGAUCUUCGGCAGCGACCCCUCCUCUCUACUGGGAGUCAGACCCCCGGGAUCCAGAGUCAUGGAGCCCUCCGUGUCGACCGAGGUCGAGGGGGAGCCCAAGGAGAGGAAGAAGAUCCACUUUGCCGUGCCGGCCUCCGCACCCACCAACCUGGACCCCCGACAAGUGGAGAUGAUCCGGCGCAGGAGGCCCACACCUGCCACGCUGUUCAGAGUAGCCGACCAAUCAUCUCCUGAGGAUGAUCAGUCCACCCAUCAGUGGGUCGUAGGAGAGAACGGAGUGCUCAAACCAAAACGUGUAAAUCCAAACGUGUAUCAGCCUCCAUCACUCAAAGCUGUGCAGAAGAUGGCUGAAGCACAUAUGCAGAACCUAGGUGUCUACCCUCCUUUGGAAGACCCUUGUGAAGGGGAGGAGGAUGAGGACAACUGGGAGGGAGAGGACACAUCUCCCACCAAAGCUGCUGAUCACCAUGAGACAGCGACCACUGAGCAGUCAGACAGGUUUUCCAGCGUGAGAGAGACGGCCAAGCAGAUCCAAGCAGCACAAGAGGAAGAGGAGGAGGAGGAGGAGGAAGAGGAGGUGGGGGACAAAAUCGGGGAAACAACAGAGGAGAAUAGUCGGGGAGUAACUGAGAGAGAGAGAGAGUGGGGCAAACGUUUGGAGGGAAGGUGUUGUUGUCAAAUGGUUAAAAUCUGAAGAACUCAGAAAAAUGAAGGAGUGGGUGUUUUGUGGAUGUUUUGAAAAUGUGGAGUGAGGAUGAGAGAUGGGCCGACUGAAUGAUAGAUACAAACACAUGAGCGAGUAAAGAUUUCUGUACUUCACCUCUAAAGGGUCAGGUGGAUUAAAGAGAGGACAGAGAGGGAGUUUAUAUCUUAGAGGUGAGCCUGUAUGAGCAGGUGAGGAAUGAUCCACUGACAGAGCAGACUACAGACGCCACUUUCACCCAAUGUCCCUUUGUUUAUGAUGAGAGUAGAGGGGCCAAGGUCAAUGUGACCAAAUAUCCUGCUAAGAUCAGUCCUCCCUCUACCUUGAUGCUUCUGCACAGAGCUCAAUGUUCCUUUUAACAGGGUAAUAAUUACCACAAUAAAUACACAUAGAAACUUUAUUGGGCGCAACUUUAACAAAGACCUUCUCUUAUAUGACCCUCUCAAAAGUACUUGAAGGUCUUUAAAUGUGUUUGGUAUAUGUGCCACUUUAUUUUGAAACCACAGCCUAAAUCAUCUUUAUGAUUUGCAGCAUAUUCAUUGUUUAGCCCUCUGAUUAAGAGUGCAUAUACUGCCAUCUUGUGGUAGAAGGUAGGAACGACAGCUUUAAAGUGAUACUCCAGCCAAAAUCUACUGAAAUCCACUGCUACUAAAGUUAUAAUCCUUAAUGUUUUCAUAGAAUCAAGCCCUGCUUUUGAUUUUAUUCUAGUCAUUUAAUAUAUUCACAUUCAGGAAUUACCUUAGUGGCAGAGUCUGCCAUUUCCAUUAAGGAUUUACAGGAAAUGAUACAGGAUGUAAUCCAGCUAUAUUGUUUUUUAUUUUAUCUCAUUGAUGCUCAUAGUUUAUUUUUCAUGCUCUUAACAUAGUAUCAGAGUUGUAUUACGUUACCACAUAUGUCGUCAAAUAAACCAGGACUGACGGGCCUGAACAGUGGUUGUUGGAGGUUUUAUUCAAGAGAAAACAGCAGCUGUGGUCAACUUGAAUUAAUGUCAGUUACAACUGACUACAGUAAAAGUAUAAAAACACCCACAGGAACUUCUCAAGCUUUCUAUUCUGUCAAUCCAUAAUAAAAAGAUAGAUACUAAAAAUAUCUGGGGUGGAGUAUCACUUUACAUAUGACUUAAUAAUAAACACCAAAAUGUUUGUCUAUAAUUGUGGUAAAUUUCAUGAGCAAGUGAGUGUAUGUGUCUUGUUAUUUCAUACCAUACUUUUCAUUUUUGAGCAUACUUAAAAUGAAUAUUUAAAGGGCAAAGCUACCUCUAAUUUGUUUGAAAUACAGUACCCUACCAUGUCCUUCAUUCCUCACACACAUUUGAACUUGAUUCAUUGUGAACUGACACCCUGUUAAGAAUAAAAAAAAAUGUAAUUUGAAAUCUUUUCCAUUGGUGUUGACUCGUUUGGGAUUUCUCAGUGCUCACAGAUUCCCUUUUGUAUGUGAACACUUUUCUAUUGUCAUCUUUUUAAUCGCUCGCUCAUGAUUUGUAAGUCAUGGAUCUGUUGUAAGAGCUAUUUUUCUAAUCUAAUCGGGGGUGUAUGAGUAGCUCAGCUCUGUUCUGUUUCUACUGCCUGUUUCCAAAUACGUCUGCACGUAGCAUGCAGCACAUAGAGCCUAAAACCAGGCACUGUACAGUAUGACUGACACUUGAGGAAAAUAGUCUCUGCACAAAUUUUCUCUACUCUUUUUACCGCAGAUAUUCACUUGGUCUCUCUCUUUUAUUGGAGUCAGCAACAAUUUUAAAUGUUUCUACUCAGCAUCUGUCUAACUUAAUUUCCAAUUUAACUAAAGAAACAGGCUCUGAUUAUAAGAAGGUUUCCAGUUGUGCCACGGGAUGAAUAUAACUUGCUGUUUGUAUCAUCUGGGCGGCUGUUUGUACAUAAAAACUGUGUGAAACUUUUUUAACCUCUGACCUGCCCAAGUUGUUGGAUUGACUGGGUGAGCAGGUUGUGUGUGCUGAGGCUGUGCAUCUGAUGCUAUCCUCCCUCCUCCGCUCUCUGUUCACCUCCCUUCUUCACCCAGGGUCAGAAGAAAACAACCAUGGAAAGACAUGUAUGAACUCUUAAUGCUUAUUUCUGUCUUUAUUUUUCUUUUUUUUCCAUUCUCUUGUUUCUCAAUGUGAUGUGGUUGUUUUAAAGUGAGCAAUAAUAUGAUAUCAAAAUAAACAGUUUUUCCUUUUCUCCUUUAA